GUUACGUCGCAGCAGUUAGAGUGUGACUGGAGAGGAGAGCGCACAGACCGAGCACCUUAAACGUAAACCCUACAGCCGAUGGAAAGGUUGGACAUCUGGUUAUUCGCCCUGCUCGUGUCUCACUACAUCUGGAAGAUUCUCUUCAUCGCGUGGCUCUUCGUCAGUGGGGCGCCCACGGAGCGCACCAACUAUGGAUUGCUUAAUUGAAGUUGGACCACCUGAUCCUGUUUGCGUCGGGACAGACGAGCGACAGUAAAGCGAGAGAAGUUGUUCAAGACACUCGUGCAAAUCGCUCCGUUUCCUGCUCAGAGACCUGGCGUGAGAAGCAGACCCUUCAUCCUCAGGAUACAGCGCACCACAUACCGCGCGUGGACAUUCCGUUCAAAUGAAAUACUCUGUGCUGUGUUUUUAAUAAUUAUGAGGCAAAUCUGUUAGAAUAGAGAGUGCGCGUGUUUGGUUGACUGGUUCCUCUUUUAUUGCGCGCAUUACCCGUUGUGGUAAAGAUUAGCCCAAGUCAUCCACCACGAGAGGACCUGCGGUCACAGGCCUGAUCAGCCACCGUGACAGGGUUUGUUUAAAACUUUGACUGCAGCCAAGAGUUUUUAAAGCUGCAGCAAGUUCACUGGUGUGGUAGGCGUGAGCUAUGGCUUUACCAGACAGUGGCAUAUCCGGGGAGGAAGUACCCUUCCCAGAGAUUAUAGAGCUUAAUGUCGGAGGCCAGGUGUACAUAACCCGCUACUCUACCCUCACAAGUGUGCCAGAGUCUCUGCUGUGGGAGAUGUUCAGUCGAAAGUCAGCCAAGGGACUGGCCAGGGACACCAAGGGGCGCUUCUUUGUGGACCGUGAUGGUUUCCUGUUCCGCUACAUCUUGGACUACAUGCGGGACCAGCAGCUGGUUCUUCCAGACCACUUCCCUGAGCGCGGGCGUCUGCAGAGGGAGGCCGAGUUCUUCAAUCUGCCAGAGCUUGUCAAGCAGCUGGCGCCCAAAAUCAGCAAGCAGAACUCACUGGGUGACGAGGGAUGCCAGAGCGACCCAGAGGACUCCUCACCUGGGAUUGACUCGGCCCGUAACCUUAGCUCACUUGGUGCUGCCGCUGCCGCCUGUGCCAGCCUGGUCCCCGGUGCCAUGGAUGGAAAGCGGUCCGGGUUCAUCACUAUCGGGUACCGAGGCUCGUACACGUUAGGCCGCGACAGUCACACCGAUGCCAAAUUCCGCCGGGUGGCAAGAAUCAUGGUGUGUGGGAAGACCUCCUUGGCCAAAGAGGUAUUUGGAGAGACGCUUAAUGAGAGCCGUGACCCUGACCGCCCUCCUGAGCGCUACACAUCACGCUACUAUCUUAAGUUCACCUUUCUGGAGCAGGCUUUUGACAAGCUGGCUGAUGCAGGUUUCCACAUGGUGGCCUGUAACUCCACAGGAACCUGCGCCUUUGCCCAUGAGCAAACUGAUGACAAGAUCUGGACCAGCUACACUGAAUAUGUGUUCUACCGUGAGUGAGGCUUUGUUCUCCCGGUCCUCCACCUUGUCUCCAAGUGCCCCCUCCCCUCCAGCCUCCAGCCGCCCUGUCUCUCUCUCUCUCUCUCUGUGAUGGCUCCUGCACCAGUAGAUGUACCAUAGAUGUUGUUGCCCUCCCAUCACUCUCUGCAGCAUCCAGCUUUUUCUCCCGUGAACAGUCCAUAGCAGCUGCUGUGACCCUUCAUAGCUUCUCUGCGGCUCCAGACUGCACCCCUUCACCCUCAAACCCAAAUCCACCUCCGCCCUCUCAUCCUCAGGUCCAGCUUUUGCCUUACUAUGUGGUUCCACCUAGUCUGUAGAUCCUCCAGUUUCCCCACAGCCUCUUCCUGCAGAGACAGAUACCUUCAAUGUACUGUUCCCCUUUUGUACUCUAUAUAUUGCAUCUGCCUUGGUGAAGCACAAUAUUCUAUCCAAGAGCUAGUUGUGUCCAAAAAAAAAGUGCCCCAGUGUGUCUGUAUGACUAUUGUACUAGUCCUAAAGUCAUAAGGAAAAGGGCUUCAAAGAGUGGCCAUGAUGUUCAGUGCUAUACUUUCCCUGCUUACUUGAGCAGAUUGGACUCUCUACUGCUCCUCUGAACUAAAUUACCACAUAAUUGGACUUCUUAUCAGCCUUGGGGGGAUGUGAGCAGCCCCAAUACAAGAAAGAAGUGUAACACAAAAUCUAAUUUCCUUCACUUUUUAUUAAAUGUGUCCAGUACCAUGUGUAUAGGGAAUGUGCCAUACAGUCAUUUUUAUUUUGAGUGAAUGUGGGUUGAUACAAUGCAGCCACAAGGACAGUGGAGGAAUGCGUUGGACCUUUUAUUUUAAGAUGUGGGUUUGUGUGUGCGCACGUGUGUGUUUUCCUUUUCAAGAAAAACACACUGGCUUGUUGGCAAACGGUAAAGCAACAGGCUUUCAUAAAAAAUAUAUAUAAAAAAAAUCAAAUUUCAAAAGGCCUCAUAUCGACAGGCAGAAAAAGGGUUGCAACUUGAAUUGUGUGUAUUGAUUGUACAAAGGAGCUCUCAGUAUUUUAAUCACCAGUGCUGGGGGUGUAAAGAGAUUGAAGGUGAUGAAUCACUCGCAGCACACUGCUCUGUUUUGUCAUCAUUGUGCUGUUUUGACAUUUCUUUGCUCAAUUAUUCAAUAGCAUUUUUUUGUUCCUCACAGUGAAGCACCUCUUGGAACCGUUCCACAAUGUUGUUUCCAUAAAAAGAAAAAUGUGGUAGUCAUUUUAGCAGACCAUGCCUUCAGUGUUCUGUAAACGGUAAUAUUAUUCUUAAUACUCGGUUCAGUAUUUGUUGAAGCUGUUGCUUAUUUGAUGAUAACUCUCAGUGACUGUGAGUUAUUGCCCAUGGGAGAUGGUAGGAUUAAGCUGUAGCCAGCCAAAGCCCAUUGUUUUCACAGCACUGUAGCAAAGGGGCAUUGUGGAGCGGCCGUUUAUAAUGUGCAGGUGUGACUUCAAUUAUUAAAGAGCAAUUUUUUGUGUCCAUAGUUACAGCCUCAGGUCUGGUCUGUACAUUCUAUACCUCAGACUCAAACUGAAGGAACUUUAAUCCAACUCAAGAUCCAGCUGGUGAAAGGAAAAAAUGCAGAUACAGUUAGAAAACAGACGAUUUUUUUUUUUUUUUAAACCUGAGCGAUCAAGUGUCUACUUGUAGUUUUGGCAGAGCUUUCUGACAGUGACGGUAAAUGUAUCCUGAAAUGUCCAGAAACCGCAAUGUUGUUUUCAGUGUGAUGUGUGCUGUUGACAUCCAAGUCAAUAUGUUAGUCCUGCAGCAGUGUGUCACUGCAGGCGUAGAUGACACUGAAAUAAAAAAAAAUAAAAAAGAAGAAGUGUUCAGCAAAAAAAGCAAAUCGAUUUGUCAAAUAAAGGAUGUUUUCUUCCUA